AUGAAGCAGCGAUUCUCGUCUCUCGACGUCAAGGUAAUCGCCCACGAGUUGGCGGCCAGUCUGGUCGGCCUACGAUUAUCGAAUGCGUACGACCUUUCCACCAGAAUCUUCCUCUUACGCUUUGCCAGACCGAACCGCAAGGAGCAGCUGUUGAUAGACUCUGGCUUCCGAUGCCACCUCACAUCCUUCGCGCGAUCGACCGCCGCUGCGCCUGGACAUUUCGUUGCGCGUCUACGAAAGUUCCUGCGCACACGCAGGGUCACAAAGGUCGAGCAAAUAGGCACCGACCGAGUUCUCGAGAUCCAGUUCAGCGAUGGACUAUACCGACUGUUCCUGGAGUUCUAUGCUGGUGGCAACAUCAUCCUGACCGACAGUGACUGCACCAUCUUGAGUUUGCUCCGGACAGUGAGCGAAGGGGACGAGCAUGAGCAGCAUAAGCUUGGGACACAGUACAACAUCUCGCUACGGCAGAACUACGCGGGCGUGCCUGAGUUGACGAAGGAGCGCUUAAGAGAUGGUCUACAAACAGCUGUCGAGAAACAGGAGGCAGAAGCGAGGAAGCCAGGCAAGAAGGUCAAGAAAAAGGCUGGCGAUGCAUUGAGGAAGGCGCUGGCGGUCACCACGACUGAGUUUCCACCCAUUCUGCUUGAUCAUGCACUGCAUGUCUCGCAGUAUGAUCGAGGUUUGCAGCCGGAGGAGGUCAUUCGCAGCGAAGAGCUGAUGGACAAGCUGUUGGAGGCGCUGCAGGAAGCCCAGCGGGUAGUGAAGGAGAUCACCAGCGCGGAUGUGGCCACAGGAUAUAUCGUCGCGAAGCGUCAGCAGUCGCAAGCGGCAUCGUCCGAGGACCAGGUGUCCACGGCCCCUGAUGGAUCUCAGUCACUUCCCGAAGGAUAUAUGUACGACGACUUCCACCCGUUCAAGCCGGCGCAUCUGGCAGCAGACUCUUCGUUGGCAUUCCUUGAUUAUGAAGGCUUCAACCGCACUGCAGACGAGUUCUUCUCAUCUCUGGAGGGACAGAAGCUGGAAUCGCGUUUGAUGGAGCGGGAGGAGACUGCGAAAAGGAAGUUACAGCAAGCCCGGGAUGAGCAAGCGAAGCGUCUUGAUGGUCUGCAACAAGUACAAGAGCUCAACAUCCGCAAAGCAUCGGCUAUUGAAGCGAAUGUCGAGAGAGUGGAAGAGGCGGUAGCAGCUGUCAAUGGGCUAGUCGGACAGGGAAUGGACUGGGUCGACAUCGGACGCUUGAUUGAAAACGAGCAGGCACGACACAAUGCCGUCGCGGAGACCAUCAAGCUGCCGCUGAAGCUGCAGGAGAAUACCGUCACCUUGCUGUUGGCCGAAUACGACACCAACGAAGUCGAAGAAGAGUUUGCAGAUGAGACAGACAGCGAGGAUUCUGACAACGAGGAUGCUCAACCGCAGCCGAGAUCGACCGAUGACAAGAGACUGGCUAUUGAUAUUGAUCUCGCGCUCUCGGCAUUCGCCAACGCAAGACAAUAUUACAAUCAGCGGCGAAGUGCUGCUGAGAAGAAGGAGAGAACUGCGCAGGCUUCCCAGAAGGCACUCAAGAACACCGAGCAGAAGGUGAUGGCUGAUCUGAAGAAAGGUCUGAAGCAAGAGAAGGAUGUUUUGAGACCUGUGAGAAAGCAGAUGUGGUUCGAGAAGUUUAUCUACUUCAUCUCAUCAGACGGAUACCUGGUUCUGGCAGGCAGAGAUGCGCAACAGAACGAGCUACUGUACCGCCGCUACCUGCGGAAGGGCGAUAUUUACGUCCAUGCUGACCUGCAUGGCGCUGCAACUGUCAUUAUCAAGAACAAUCCGAAGACACCGGAGGCGCCGAUACCGCCUUCGACGCUCAGUCAAGCUGGUAAUUUGGCGGUCUGCACCAGCAGUGCCUGGGACUCCAAAGCGGCGAUGAGUGCAUGGUGGGUGAACGCUGAGCAGGUGUCGAAAACAGCACCGACUGGCGAGUAUCUUACCACGGGCGGUUUCAUGGUCCGAGGAAAGAAGAAUUUCCUACCGCCUGCGCAGCUGCUGCUUGGCUUUGCUGUGCUUUUCCGCAUCAGUGAGGAGAGCAAGGCGCGCCACGUAAAGCAUCGGGUCCUUGAGAGUCGCGCCCAAACUCCUGACUUAACGGACGGUGAGACUAUCUUUUCUGGCAAUACUAGUGGCACCGUCACGGACGCUGAAGACGACCUUUCAGACGCUGAGCCUGCUCCGCCGGUCACUAUUGCGAAUGCAGAUGAUGACUUUCCGGGUGAUGCACAGGAUAACGAAAGUAGUGAUGAUGAUCUUCCCGACGAGAGCGCGUAUGAUGACCGCGGCCCGCGAAGCAACCCGUUACAGUCUACACCUCUCGGAAGCGCUGGUCUUCAGACCAACGAUGUCCCACUUGAUCAGAACGGGUCGAACAACCAGUCUCCUGCCGAGGAAGGGCGUGGAGAGAGUGCUGGGCCGCGCGCACCUGAGCCGGAGAAUGUCGAGGAGCAUGCUGAAGAUAUGUCCGAAGACGAGAACAACGGAGCCGAUGGCUCUACGCCGGACAGUGGCGCAGAACCUCUCUCCCAGUCUACCACCUCGACCGCACGGCCAGGUAAGCAAAAGCAAGCCCCACGGGUCCGAGGGAAGCAUGGAAAAGCGAAGAAGAUGGCCGCAAAAUACGCCGAGCAGGAUGAAGAAGAUCGUAAGGCGGCGAUGAAGCUCCUCGGCUCCAAAGCGGGCGAUCAGAAGCGCCAGGAGGCUGCUGUUGAAAAGGCUGCGCAAAUGGAGACCGCUGAAGAGGCUCGUGCAAGGCGGAAAGCCCAACAUGAGAAGGCACAGCAGCAGGGUCUUGCUGCCGAAGAGAUCAAAAGGCUGAAUAUGGAAGAAGGCGUCGAUGAUCUGGACGAGGAGGAGUCUUCCGCGCUCACGUCUCUGGACAGUCUUGUCGGUACACCGCUCCCUGGUGAUGAGAUCAUCGAGGUCGUACCGGUCUGUGCUCCAUGGGCUGCGUUGAACAAGUACAAGUACAAAGUCAAGAUGCAGCCGGGACAGCAGAAGAAGGGGAAAGCAUUGCGUGAGAUCUUCGGGAAGUGGUCGAGAGAUGCCAGCCAACCAAAGAAUGUGGAUCCGACCAGCUCGGACAUCGAGAAGAUAUGGGAGCGAGAGAUCGAGCUGAUCAAGGGCAUGAAGGAAGCUGAAGUUGUAGGUGUAAUUCCUGUCAAGCAGAUGAGGUUGCAAAUGGCAGGCGGAGGGGAGAAAGGCAAGGGUGGGAAAGGCGGUAAGAGUGGCGCUCGUGGUGGAAAAGGGAGCAAGCGGCGUUGA